AUGUAUGCCAGUGAGAGCUCGGGCUCUGUCGAGGCGGCCGAGGUGGCCGAGAUCGGUGGUCAAGUUCGUGAAGAGGCUGAAGAGGUCUCAUCGUCGUCGUCGCUCUCGUCGUCGGCUUCGGGACAGACUGCGCUGGAGCUGGCGUACCUCACGCGGAAUCUGGAAAAGGAUAUCAAGCAGAAGAUCCAGGUCAAGCAGCUGAAGCGUGAGUUCCGGGGCCAGCUGCUCGAGAUGGUUGUGUACUGCGUGUUUCUUGUGGUCUUCUCGCUUGUUGUGCUCAACUCGCGUGAUCCGCUCUACUCGUUCCAGUACAACGACUACAUGAAGGACCUGAUGCUGUAUGAGGAGUUUUCGGGCGACGUGACCAAGAUCUACAAGACGUUUUUCUCGGUGGCGACGUUUGAGGAGUUCUGGCAGUACAUGAAGGGCCCGCUCCUUGCUGGACUGUUCGAGUCGCCCGACGUGGGGCUCGGGCGCGGAUACAUUUACGGAGUCAACUACCUGGUGGGCGCGGUGCGGCUCCGGCAGGUGCGCGUGGCGCCGGGCAAGUGCGACAUUGUGACCGACUUUAAGGCCGUCUUUCCGCAGUGCUACGCGCGGUACUCGAGCUCGGCGGUGGAGCGCGGGCCGCACACGCCCAAGCUCAAGCCGUACUUUUCGUCGGACCAGCUGGGGACGACGCGGCAGGUUGCGCGUCUGCAGUGGUUCGAGGGUGGCGGGUACAUUGAGGACUUUUCGAUUGCGGACAACACGACGGUGCAUGAGGAGCACAUGGCAGAGCUGGAGAGCGACGGGUGGGUGGAUCUGCAGACGCGCGUGGUGUGGGUCGACUUUACGACGUACAACGCGAACCUCAACCUGUUCCACAUUGCGCAGAUGGCGUUUGAGUUUCUGCCUUCGGGCGGCGUUUUUCCAUCGUACACCUUCCGGGUGGCGCGGCUGUACAAGUACGCCGACACAGCACUCGGGCGGGCGCAGCUUGCAGGCGAGAUCAUCAUCAUGUUCUUUGUGGUCUGCUACCUCAUCCAGGAGGUGUACGAGCUGUGGAAGCACGGGUGCAUCGCGUACUGGCAGAAUGGAUGGAAUGUGAUCGACCUGGUCAACAUGCUGCUCUUUGUGUGCGUGUUUGGCAUCCGCAUCGCCAUUCUCAUCAAGCUCAACAACCUCGAGGUGGACCCGACGAACACGCGCAAGUUCUACAACUUUCAGCCGAUCUCGCUGCUCAACUCUGCCGAGCAAAACAUUCUGGCCGUCAACGCGUUUAUCCUCUGGUUCAAGGUCUUCAAGUACACCAAGUUCCUGCCGGGCAUGGACAUCAUUGCCGAGACGGUCUCCAAGUCGAUCCGCAACACGGUCUCGUUUGUGGCCAUGAUGGCCUUUGUUCUCUUUGGCUUUGCGCAGGCCGGCGUCCUCGCCUUUGGCACCGACGUCCCGGGCUUCCACACCUUUAUCGACACGUUCUUCACCCUCCUCCGGUCGCUGCUAGGCGACUUUGACUUUGUGGCCAUGCAGGAGUCGAACCGAGUCUUUGGGCCGCUCUACUUUGUUGUCUUUAUCGUCCUUGUCUUCUUCAUCCUCCUCUCCAUGUUCAUGGCCAUUCUCAACGACGCCUACACCGAGGUUCAGGACACCAUCCGCGAGAAGCAGAAGGACAAGGUCAACUUGCUCCACGUCUUUGGCUCGUGGAUUAAGGACCGCACGCAGGUCUUCCAGCAGGAGGAGGACGACGCUCAGGAGCUGCAGGACGCCAUUGUCGAGGGCGACCAAGACGACAAUGACCUCCUCGACCGCGACGAGAUCGAGACCAUCUUCAAAAAGUACAAGCGCGAGGCCAAGCAGCUGCUUGGCGUUAACAACGCCGAGGAGCUGCUCCGCGAGUUUGACACCGACGGCGACAAUUUGCUCGAUGUCGAGGAGCAGCGCAACCUGCUCCGCAACCUGCAGCAGCGCAAGCUCCAGGCCCAGGUCAAGAAGCACGAGCUCCAUGCCACGGGCGACAUCUCGGGCCCGCCGGCCGUGCUCGACGGCGACAAGCUCGACUCGGAGUUCUCCUCCUACAUCAUGUCGCUCAAGCGCGAUCUGAGCCACUUCCACGAGCGCCUCUCCAAGAUGGACAAGCAUAUGCGCAUCCUCAUGCGCGAGAUUGCGCCAGCGUCGGGCUCGUCAUCGUCGUCGUCGUCGUCGUCGUAA